AUGUACAAGGCUGUCAUCGCCCUCUUAGCAGGCUCAUCUGCAGCUACGGCCAUUCCCGAUUUCUUUCCUCGAAGCCCCUCCUCCAGUGCAGCGAAAGCUUGCUCCCAACUCAAAGCAACCUUUCCAAGCAAUUAUGUCGACUCGUCAAGCUCCAACUACCAGGCUGAAGUGGAGCUUAAUUGGUCAACGAAUUGUGAACUUCCCGCGGCAUGCUUCUUUACACCUACUAGCACCGACAUGGUCGCCAAAGGGCUUUCCAUUGUGACGAAGGCGGGUUCUCAGUUUGCUAUCCGGAACGGUGGGCACAAUCCCAAUGUCAAGUUUGCCAGUGUGGAUGGGAGCGGCGUGUUGUUCGACAUGGGCCAGAUGAAGUCCCUAACUUUGAGUUCCGACAACUCUAUAAUCCAUGCCGGUACGGGCAACAAGGGUGGCGACGUCCAGAAAAUUGCAGACUCUGUCGGAAAGUCUGGAGUUACUGGUCUAAACACUGGCGUCGGCAUCUCUGGUCUCACGCUCGGCGGUGGCUAUACUCUUUUCUCUCAGCUCAACGGUUUGGUCACAGACAAUAUAGCGAACUUCGAAGUUGUCCUUGGUGACUCUUCCAUAGUCAAUGCCAAUGCAACCAGCAACACGGAUCUCUACCGUGCCCUCCGCGGGGGAGGCAACAACUUCGGUAUUGUCACUCGCUUCGACAUGCGGACGUCGCCCGUUCACAAUAUCUGGUACACACUCUUUACACUUGACCCAAAGGACUACGCCAAGUUCAUGCCCGCCCUUGCGCAGGUUCAGGCCAAUAUGGAAAAGGACCCCAAGGCCAAUGUCUACAUGCUAGCCGCAAAAAACGAAGUCGAAGUCGCACUCUUCUAUGCCGAACCCGCAAGCGCAAAACCCGACGCCUUUGCUCCACUCCUGAAUAUCACUCCCCUCGAAACCCCCGUGCCCCCAACAAACGGAACAGUAUACAAGCUCGCGCAAAUCAUGUCACCGCCUGAAAAUUCCGUCGUGCGCCAGAUCGAUUCUGUCAUCACUAAGCCUAAUGCCGACUACUACGUCGCCCUAUUCAAGCAGAUCCUAGAGCAAGCCCCUACUUCAGGCUCUGAAACUGACCUCGUCCUCGCAAUCAAGCCAAUGGGCUCGCGCGUCCCCUCCGUCGGCACAGCAAAAGCCGGCGGCGUGCCCAACUCGCUCAACAUGCCGCCCAUCUCGCAGACCUGGACGUCCAUUCUCGUGCAGUACAAAGACAACAAGGACAAGGAUAUGAUGACGCAGAUCCAGAAGAAUAUGGAUACGUGGAUGACGGCUAAUGCGCGCAAGGCCAAUUUGCUUCUUCCUAAUCUGUUUGCUAAUGAUGCUGGGGCGCAUCAGAACGUCAUGGCGAGCUAUGGAUCGGAGAGCUUGGAUAAUCUCAAGGCUGUGAGUAGGAAGUAUGACACUGCACAGGUAUUUCAGAAGCUACAGGCGAAUGGCUUCCUGGUUUCAAAGGCGUAG